GUGGCUGCCGCCACCUUCGACCAGUUCAACAUUCUGAAGGCCGAGCAUCCUAUUCUGGCUGACAUUGCAUCUUUCCAAAGCGCCCAUAUCAACCACCUCACACCUCGAACCUUGGACAUUUCGGCUGUCCAGGCUGCUAUGAGGGAGGCGGGCAUGGCUGUCAAGGCACGCAUCGAAGGGCCGCCCAUCCGCCAGUGCCUCAUUCUUCUGCGCCAGACUAGUUUUCUGGCUCUUGAAGAAUACGUCCACUUCAGAACAGCGAUACCCGAACUGAUCAAGGCCGGCCAUAAGGCUCGGUUCGGGGAGGUUGAGGAGCGGGGUGCCGCGGUUACGGAACAAGGAAAGAUACUUUACGAACGACUUCUGCAAGAGGCCAUGGCACUGACGGCGAAUGCUGAACCUGAGCAGGUUGAUAGAAUCGCAGAAGACGUCUUCAAGCAAUAUCCUGAUACUUGGACUGAAUUGAGGAGCAAGGGAUUGAUACAUUGCGAAUAUUUCUGCAUCGGUAAAGCACCCCCGGGUGAGGCUGGCCAGCAACUCGAUGCACUCGCUCUUGAGCGUCUCAUUGCACAGGGUGUUAUAGAGGCACGUCCAAUCACUUACGAAGAUUUCCUCCCGUUUUCGGCAGCUGGAAUUUUCCAGUCCAACCUACAGUCUCGAGACAAAGAUGGACGGCCGCUACAGAUGAAACAUCCUGAACCGGACCUGCUCGGUUUCGUGGAAGCACUGGAAGAAGAGCCUGUAAAUAUUCAAAGCUGGUACUCUCUAAUCCAGAAACGUAGCCUGAAGGCCGUGGCGGAGAAUCUGGGGAUGACCGCGGCGUGA